UCACAAGCUGCUUCAUUUCAUUAGACAGUUUGUGUGAAAUAUCCAGCAUUUUCGCACUUAGUUAGUGAACGGCUGCUGAACGCAAGAGGAGAAUCAUUGAUGAGAGAUUCAUUUUAAGAUUUUACUUCACUUUACCUAUUAUUUUAGUUCGGCAAGAAAGGAUGCAACGGCAUCAUGUACUCAGAAUACAUGACGAAAUUUUUGAUGAUUGAACUGAGGUCUCCGUGAAAAAUUAGCGACUUAUGUGCGAUAAUUAUUUGCUUAGUGAAUGAAAAAAGUAUCAAAAGUGAUGGAUACCAAAAGUUUAUUGAACAUUUUAUGAUCAAUACAUGUCAGUUGUAUAUUGGACAUUAACUUCGAGUAUAAAUAGUUUUCUGAGUGUCGUACGGAAUUUGUAUUGGGAUUGUAACUUGCAGUAUGAGGAUGUUGGGUUGGUUCUGCGCUGUAAUACUGUUCACACUGUUCAGUUCUGAGUUAGUCGAGUCGAAAUUUAAACCGCGAACAAACGAUAAGGACUUAAGUAAUUCACCCCAUACCAAUGAAGGUGAACACAAUGCAGCAUACGAUCAUGAUGCAUUUCUGGGGAGAGACGAGGCCAAGAGAUUCGAUGAUCUAACACCGGAAGAAAGCAAACAAAAACUGGGUGAGAUUGUGGACAAAAUUGAUUUAAAUAAUGAUGGUCAAAUCACUUCCGAAGAAAUGACUGUAUGGAUUAACAAAGUAUCCAGAAAAAUGCUCCUUGAUGAUGUUGAUCGCGCUUGGAAAGAUUUCGAAUUGCUAGACGAAGACAAGUUGCCAUGGGAGAAACAUGUUGACGAGCUGUUUGGUGAAGACGGAGAUUUAGAGGAUGAAGAUGAUGAAACAAAGAAAGCCUAUUCUGAAAAAGACAAGAGGCGUUGGAUGGCUGCCGAUGCAGACGGAGAUGGGAAGCUAUCAAAAAUAGAAUACUUAGCAUUCCUUCAUCCAGAGCAUGAACCAAAAAUGCGAGAUGUCGUUAUAAAGGUUAGCCCUGUGACAAACGAUGAAAACAACUUGUAUAUACUCCGCAAUCAUACGCUUACUCAAAAAUACCCUAUAUUCACUUGCGAAUAAUUCCAUAACAUUCAGGUUAUUUGGAGCAGUGUAUGCUCUGUGGAUUAUGGUAAUUCUAUUUAGACCGUAAUUUAUAGUUUUUAUUAGCCCAAAAAUCCAUGUUGGACCUACUUGAGCCUAUCACACCUCAUGGAGAAGUGUAGACCUCCCAACCUGGAUUUUCCAUUAAACACAGUCGUAAAUAAUGUUUUCCAGUUGCCAUUCGUUCAUUUGAUAUCCACUUCCAAUUUCUAACGCAGCAUGUUCCUUGGUCUUCUUCUUUUUGUCCCCCCUCACGAUCCCUAAUUAGCACUUGUUUAGUGUUCUAUCCACUUCAAACGUCGUUUUCUAAUUUCCUCUUCAACUGGAAGCUGGUUCGUUCUCUGCUACAGUAGGUUGUUGCUGAUGGCAUCUAGUCAACGAACAUUGAGUACAUUGCGUAAAACAUUGUUUAUAAAUAAGUAAAAAUCAAUAAAUUGAUGCAGAAACUGCUGCUACUCCGUAUACCUCGACCCUCAUUUGUUGGUGUGUAUGGGAUAGAAAAGCUAGGUUAUCUUUGAAGUCCAAAUUGUCUAGUUGCAUCUAAGCUGUCCAUUGUUUUCCAUGCUUCACCUGAAAUGUGGAGGUCUCUUCACAAUCCACCCGACCACGAGAAGACAGAGAAGGGGCGAGAGUAAGCAGCCUUGUCUGACAUAGAUCUUCACUUAGAAUGAGUGUCAGCCGUCAUCUAUGCACGACUUAGCAGUGUAGUCCGUCGUAUGAAUUCUGUUUGGUAUUGACGGUUUUCCAUGUUAAUUUCUUCCUUGUGUCAUAUAGUUGUUUGAUAUUUAUUUCACUUGCAGCUUUUCACGCUGUCAUUGCUAAGUGUUCUACGUAUUUCUGCUUGUUGGCCGUAAUGCUCCUCUUCACCCUCUUGUUUAUUUCUGUGUACUCGGUCUGUGACAUGGUUUCCUCUGCUUGUUGACUGCUGUUAAUUGCUGUCUUCUUCCCCUCUUAAGUCUUGGUAAUGGUUUCGGCCAAGAUGCAUUACUUAUGAUGAUGCUUCUUACGGCUUAGAAUCUCCUAACACGUUGAAGUUAGUGCUUCUCUGAUCCUCUUCCAGUUGUUCUCCAUAGUAGUUCCCUCUUCUUUUAGUGGAUCAUGUAUGGCUUGAAACCCAUUUCUGAGAGCUAUCUUGAAUUCGUUGAGUUUGUCAGUAUAUGGAAGAAAGGCUAUACAGAAUUUGUUUAAUGCUGAGUCUCCAGUUGUCCAGUGUUUCCUUAGCUUCAGUUUCUAAUUGGUCACAACCAGGUGGUGGUGAUGUGAAGGUAUGUCAGCUUUUUUCCUGGUUCUUCCAUGUAUCUUCUGGAUGUUUUAGUGAUGUAAAUAUGAUCGAUCUAAUUCUCUGUAGUGUGAUUUAGUGAGACCCAUGUAACUUCGUAUAGGAGUUUGUGUGGGAAUACUGUCACCUUCAACCGUUUGGUUGAAUGCACAUAAAUUUGCAAAUCUUUCUUCAUUCUCAUUCCUUUUUCUUAAUCAGUUCAUGUUGUCUCAUUAUAUCUUCCUACUUGGUAUUGUCCAUUCGGACCUUGGCGUUAAGGUCUCUCAUCAGGAUGGUCAGGUCCUUUCUUGGGCACCUCUCUAUGGCCGACUUUAGCGUCUCAUUAGACUGAUGUUUACCGUCUUAACUGCUAACAUUGGUGGGUCCAUGGCACUGAACAACAUUCAUUGUGAUCCCUUUUGUCUUUGUUUUCAAAGAAGGUUUGAUUAUUCUAGAUCCAGGAGAUUUCCAUCCUACAGGUGUUUCACGUGCUUUAGACAGCAUCAGUGCAACUUCCUGCGCGUAAACGUCAUGAUUCUGAAUGAAGAUCCUUCAACUUGGAGGGCUGAGUUUAAACAGUUUAAAUUGUUUAUUCUGGUUAGCACUUUUUAGCAAGGUUGUUUUCUACAGGAUGGUGUUGCUGAUCCUACGCCCAAUACUCCUCCUUUACCCGGGCUAGGGACCGACAGUAACCCUAGAAAAGCUGUAGAUGUUGCUAAGUUAAACAUAUCCAUGUAAUUUUGUAAUCGGUAGUAGUCGAGAUGAUUAUUGAAUAACUUGUUGCAAAUGCUUGGGACAUUUUUGUACUUCAGUGAGGAGUCCCUCAGCACUGAACCACAAACUAAUCAUUGCUUUUAAGACUCACAAGUUAGAGUGAUUUCCAGUCAAAUAUUCACAUUUAUCUGGUCCAAAUUAAACAUAUAUGAAUACUUAUUAUUGUCUAACACAAAUACCAAGUUUAUCAUUAAAAAAGUAAGCACAACAGCUUCAGUUUCAUCUCUAAUGUAAAUAAUUACUUCAAGUUACAUUAAGUUUUUAGACACUUUGUGGUUCAACUAUUUUAUUUGCUUUUACAAACCUAGGAAACAAUGGAAGAAAUUGACAAAAAUAAUGAUAGCUUCGUUGAUCUUGAUGAAUAUAUCAGUAAGUUUUCACUGUCGAUGUAUUUCUUCAGAUUUUUAUGUCGGAAAUAUUCGGUCGUCAAAACUUUAAUUGAGUUGUUAUUUUCAAACUCUAUUUUUGGCUAAACUACUGAUAGUAUAACUUUUAAGGUAGGCAGAAUAAGCCUGUUAAUGAGGUUGUAGAUGUCCAUUAAUUUAUAUUGUUUUGUCCUUUUCUAGGUAUUCUAAAUCAACAAGGCCUUUAUAAAUGAAGAACAUCCGUAGACUGCUAGUAUCUGACCAUUAGUACCCUUAAAGCAUAUGACAGGAUCACCUGUUACUUAACAAUAUACGUGUAGAGUGCUAGGCAAAGAUGGUAAAUCGACUGAUAAGAUAGUGGAUCCUCAUCAACCGACGUGGUCGGGACUACUUGCAUUCAAUCACCUCUUACUUUGACACUCGAUAUUUCUUGAUGUAGCAGAUUGAGGGGAAAAUAUAGGUAACCAAUUCAUGAUACCGGUCCAUGAAGUUAUUUUUAGUUAGUUAUGUUAGUGGGUGCUGAUCAUGUGGUUCAGGUCCGCGCUAUUGUAGCUAAUAAUUGGGUUACAAUCAGCCUCAGUGGUGCACAUACACUCAUUCUUUGUCUCUCCUUAAGUUCUGAGUUCCAAAAUUAUUUUGUAUUUUUCAUUCCCGCAAACUAGUUCUCGAAUCACAUUCUCUAUGCUUAAUUUGCUUUGCUAACACUGAUAUUACUACUUUCACUACGUUGAUAUAUAUAUCGUUAUGUUCACGUGCCGUGGCGUGGCAAUGUGGACCGAUGCAUAUAUUUACUAGUUUCUAUAUUGCUUUCGACUAACUUUGUCCGUCCCUGAUAGUAGUGGAACUAGGUGUAAGAAGGCUAAGGGUUAUCAGGUUUAUAUGUAAUACUGGUUUAUGGAGUCUCUAUCUCUUGGUUUAAAUUGUGGUACAACUGGGUAGGAUCGCUAACAAAACCAGAGAUCGAAUACAUGUGCUGUGAAACUAUUCGAUCAAAUUUAGACGAAUGUUCUUACGUAUUAUCCAUGGUUUAUUUCCCGAUUCUUAAAUAUUUUACUACCUAUUUCGACUAAUUGACAGACUAAUAUUGUGAUCAGUCGAGAUUAUCACGGGCUUUAUCACUAAAAGGUUAUUCGUUAGUAAUAACGGAACAAUUAAGUAUUUCCACUGUUAAUCAUCUUUAAUACUGAAGUUUUAUAUGGGCGGGUAGUCAACUAAAAUACUCGUUGAGUCUACAGAUUGUCACAGAAGGUACAGAAACUAGUUGAGCACAUAAUGGGGCAAAAAAUUAUCCAGUUGAUUCUAAAAUGGGAAUGUUUAACUCAAACUUUAAUGUCAAGUAGAAUUAAUUCUUUCACACUGAUUAAAUACUUGAGGACUUUGGCCUUCAAACAGUAUUUUUUCAUUCAUCUGACUACUGGUAAAUUAGCUUGAAGAGUUAGUGAAGUUUUACGCUUCAUCAUUGAUUUUUUAUUGGUACUCUAAGUAUCCUUAUUCGAUGUUUAUUGGGAAUUUGUCUUGUAGAAGAUCUGUGGUCUCCGAAUUCACCUAAUGAAACGGAGCCUGAAUGGGUUAAAACUGAAAGAGAGGAAUUUGCCAAACGACGCGAUAUUAAUGGGGAUGGAAAACUGGAUCUGGAUGAGGUCGGCAAAUGGAUCGUACCUGAAGAUUAUAAUCAUGUCCAAGCAGAAGUAACCCAUUUAUUCUCAGAAUCAGAUGCAGAUCAGGUAGAGCUUAUGUUGAUUAUUGUGCCUUCGUAAUUUUUCGUAAAUAUGAUCUCAGAUAUGACUAGUGUCUUUAUAAUACUUGUCAGUUUGCCAUUGUAGGUUUUUGUUGCUAUUUAUAUCAAGAGACUUAAAAGGUAAGAUGGCUCUUAAUUGUUUUCCAUGCUAAUCGUAACCUUGUAUUUUCCAACCAAAAAAUCAGUUUAAUAUUGAACUCUGAAGAUUUCCGGAUCUAGAGGAGUAUUUUUAUUCGAAUAACAUGUGAUAAAUAGUAUGUUAUCCUUUUCGAGAAAGCCUUUAUGCUAGUGUCAGCAAUAUAGACUUGUACAAUUAUGACCAUCCCCGUCAUUUACAAUGGUUACCAACUAUCAUUUUGUGUAUGGGAUACAUAUCGAUCUAAUUUGUUCUCGGUAGAAACAAAUUUUACUCAAACUUUUAUUUUGUCAAUUAUAUAUCGCGUAUUUUCUAAAAUUUCUGUUAAUAUUAUUUAGGAUGGAAAACUCAGCAAAAACGAAAUACUAAAUCGUUACGACUUAUUUGUUGGUAGCCAGGCAACCAAUUUUGGGGAAAUCCUAAUUGGUCAUGAUGAGUUAUAACAAUGUGAAAUCUGUCAGUGAAGUAAUCCGACAACCGAUUGUCUGUUAAAUAUCAUAAGGAUCUUUUUCUUUUAAAAGUCUAACAUUUUCUUGGUUCAUAGUUUCUAUCAGUUAUUAUACGUUAUUACCUCUAUUGCAUAAACACCGUUAAUUCAUAUGUUCUUGUUAAUCAACAAAAACUUUCAAAAACACUUGAUUAAUCAAGUGUGUCAAUAAAAUUUGUUGAAGGUCGUACAUUUUACAAGUGCCUAUUCUAGCGCUUAUUUUGUUUUUAUCUUACAAACAAUUUCGUCUAUAUUUUAUUCUCGAGCUAUCCGUUUAUUUUCAUUUUUUAUACUUUUUAAUCGUUUAUUUGUAUAUGAAUCAAAAUAGUUUAUUUGCCAGCUUCAUUUUUAGUUGAUCUCUUUUGUGCGCAUGCUUGUCAUUAAUAUGUUUUGUAAUGUAUAAAAAUAUAUUAUUACUUUACA